GAGGCAGUCAUUUUCCACAUAUUCUCUCACUUCGUUUCAAGUGGGGAAGGAGUUAUCUUUUGACUUCGUUUCAGCUUUUUCUUCUUCACCUCUCUCUUCUUCUUCUCUCUCUCCUCGCAGAACUCGCCUGCAGUCGUGCUUAAGCACUUCUCGUCUAUAUUUAACUCCAAGGUUUUAAGUUAUGAUAUAAUCGGAAGAAUUUCACUCUGGUAUUUAUGUACUUAUUUGUACAAAAUGUUCGACUGUGGUUCCAAGCUACAUUUUAUGGAUGGCCAGCGAGAAAAGUUUGUAAGGUUGGACGAUUUGGACUCUAGGUUAUCAUCACCAUCUUCUUCAUCCGGAAUGACCAAAUGUGGAUUUAAUAUUGAGGGCCUAACUCAUGCCAGUCAUGCAGCUAAUACACCAUCUAAAUCUUUUAAGAGAGGAGUGAGAAAAGGAUCUGAAGGACUUAAGUCGAUUGGUCGAUCACUUGGAUUUGGGGUUUCUCGGGCAGUAUUUCCUGAAGAUCUUAAAGUGUCAGAGAAAAAAAUAUUUGAUCCUCAAGACAAAUUCCUUCAACUGUGGAAUAAACUUUUUGUCAUAUCAUGUAUUCUGGCAGUAUCUGUGGAUCCUUUGUUUUUCUAUCUUCCAGUUUUCGAUCCAUCAUUAAAUUGUCUAGGGAUAGAUCGGAAGUUAGCAACCAUAGCAACAACACUGCGGACAAUCGUUGAUGCUUUCUAUCUUCUUCACAUGGUUCUCCAAUUCCGGACGGCCUACAUUGCCCCAUCAUCUCGGGUUUUUGGACGAGGUGAACUUGUGAUAGAUCCUGGGCAAAUAGCUAAGCGAUACUUGCGGUGCUAUUUUAUCAUCGAUUUCCUUGCUGUUCUUCCCCUGCCACAGAUUGUCGUAUGGAGAUUUCUACAGAGAUCGAAAGGCUCAGAUGUACUGGCUACAAAACAAGCAUUGCUUUUUAUUGUCUUGCUUCAGUAUAUUCCUCGAUUUGUCCGAAUCUUACCUUUAACUUCAGAACUGAAAAGGACUGCGGGCGUCUUUGCUGAAACUGCAUGGGCUGGAGCUGUCUACUAUCUGCUAUUGUACAUGCUGGCCAGUCAUAUAGUUGGGGCUUUCUGGUACCUAUUAUCCGCAGAACGUAAUGAUACAUGCUGGCAGAAAGCUUGCAAUAACAACACGGCAUGCGAGACAAAUUUCUUGUAUUGUGGCAAGCAGGACAUGACAGGUUUUGAUGCCUGGCACAACAUCAGUGAUUCAGUUCUUAAUUCAGCUUGCUCUGUAGAAGGUGAUAAUCCGCCAUUUGAUUUUGGAAUCUUCAAACAGGCUUUGUCAUCUGGCAUUGUGUCAUCCAGCAAGUUCCUUUCUAAGUAUUGUUAUUGUCUGUGGUGGGGGCUGCAGAAUUUGAGUACACUAGGUCAGGGACUUCAAACCAGCACCUAUCCUGGAGAGUCUAUAUUUUCCAUAGCUCUAGCAAUAUUUGGGCUCAUUCUUUUUGCUUUAUUGAUUGGCAACAUGCAGACAUAUCUUCAAUCUCUUACUAUUCGGCUGGAGGAGAUGAGAGUCAAAAGGCGGGAUUCAGAGCAGUGGAUGCAUCAUCGCUUGCUGCCACAAGAUCUGCGGGAAAGGGUUAGACGAUAUGAUCAGUACAAGUGGUUGGAAACACGUGGAGUGGAUGAAGAGAACUUGGUUCAGAGUCUGCCAAAGGAUCUCAGAAGGGACAUAAAGCGUCAUCUUUGUCUGGCCUUGGUGAAGAGGGUUCCUUUGUUUGAGAAUAUGGAUGAAAGGUUGCUUGAUGCCAUUUGUGAGCGGCUGAAACCGUGUUUAUACACGGAGAAUACUUAUAUAGUUCGAGAAGGAGAUCCAGUUGACGAGAUGCUCUUCAUUAUACGUGGUCGUCUUGAGAGUGUAACCACUGACGGUGGUAGAAGUGGGUUUUUCAACCGCAGUUUGCUGAAAGAAGGGGAUUUUUGUGGAGAGGAGCUUCUUACCUGGGCACUGGACCCCAAAUCUGGUGCUAACCUACCAUCUUCUACUCGUACUGUGAAGGCUUUGACAGAAGUGGAGGCUUUUGCCUUAAUAGCUGAAGAAUUGAAAUUUGUUGCCAGUCAGUUCAGGCGCCUCCACAGUCGACAGGUUCAGCACACCUUCCGUUUUUAUUCACAGCAGUGGAGGACAUGGGCUGCUUGUUUUAUCCAAGCGGCAUGGCGCCGAUAUUCUAAAAGGAAGAUUAUGGAACUUCGCCGAAAGGAAGAAGAAGAAGCAGAAGGAUUGGCCGGGGCCAGCAACAAUUCUGGUGGGGGGUCAUAUAGCCUUGGUGCCACCUUCUUAGCGUCUAGAUUUGCAGCAAAUGCUCUUCGUGGAGUUCAUAGGAAUCGGAAUCUUAAGAGUGCUAGAGAACUGGUGAAACUACAGAAGCCCCCAGAACCCGAUUUCACUGCUGAUGCUGAUUAAUUGUGUCUAAUUACUACUUUAAAAUUUGGUAUCACUGUACUACUGAUUUUACUUGCUCGUAAGGGCCAACACAAUGUACCACACAAUACAUGGAUCAAAGUUGUGAGUAGUAUUGCUUUAUGUGCAAGCUUACGUUUCCA